AUGGAUAAUAAUAAAAUAUUUUCAAGUUUGUGGGUUAAAAUAAAAAAAAAUUCGAUUAAUUUAGGAAAUGUGGGUGUAUCGAUAGGGAAUCAUCUUAGUAGUGGCUUAAUUAAUCAACUAUUAAAAGAUAUUUUAUCAUUGUUAAAGUUGAAUAAUGUUUCGCUAUUGUAUUCUAACGAGGUUAAAUUUGUAUUAUUAGAUUCUUUUCAAUUCCUCUUAAAACAUAUAAACACAAACACCAACAUUCAAAGCUACUUGGAUGAUCAUUUCAAAUCAAUUGAUAGCGAUACAAUUAUUGGUUCAUUGGAUCAUUCAACAAAUAAUUACCCAUAUAUUUCUUUGGUAUUUUUAUUGUCAAGAUAUCAAGGGUUAAUACAGGGAUUACACAGCCAAAAUACUAAUAUAGAGCAAUUAAAAGUUAUAGUUAACAAAAUUGAAAACUAUCUAUGCUUAUUAUUAAUCAAUCAUUUAAAAGGUGGUUAUAUUGGGGUAACACAUAAUAGUACUAGUAAUGGAAGUAAUCAUACUGGCUCAAUUACGGGAUCAAAUAGAGGUGGCACAGAUGACGAGCAGUUUCUAUUUUCAGAAGAUGAAGAUGAGGUUAGUAGUGGUAGUUCUAGUAGUGGUAAAGCUAAUAAUUCUCACUUAAAUCAAAUUCAAAACUCUCAAAGAUUGAAGAUCCAAGAGAAUGAAAUUUUAAUUAAUGUGUUUUUUAAAUUUUUUUCAUUAUUUCAAGAGGAUUUAAAAGAUAAGAUUCAAUCAAUGGAAAUCAAGAUAUUGUUAUGUCUCUUUGCUAUAGAUUUAUCAAUUAAUACAACAGAAGGUUCACUUACAUCCCCAUUAUCGUUAGAUAAGAUCAAAACCAUGGUGGAUUGGUCUUUAAAAUGGAUUAAUCAAUUACAUGAUAACUAUUUUAAUAACCUUAUUCAAUUUUAUCAAUUAUUAAAUAAUAAGUUUAUAUUUUUUAAAUAUUUUUUAAAAAGUAACGAAAAUGUAUUUUUAUUAAAAAAAUCAAAAAUCAUAUCUUUCUUAAAUAUUUCAAAUCAACCAUUAUUACAAUUAGAAUUAGUAGAUAUUUUAGUAGAAAGCUUAUUUAAUGAUUAUGGUAACAGUGAUGGUGAUAAUGAGGAUAUUGAAAUUAUGAAAUUCAUUCUCGAUAUAAUAAGUAAUGUAAAUUAUAUUUCCGAUUCUUCAAAACAAAAAUUAGGUACCGAAAUCUUUCAAAGAUUUUUUAUUUCAGAUAAAAAUCAUCAAAAUUCAUUAGCUCAAGAAUUUAUGCAAGCUUUUUCAACAUAUAAUAAAAGACAACAAACUACUCUUUUUCAAAAUCAUAUAAAUUUAAUUUUAACUCCAGUUUUUCAUAAAUAUUCCAGUCAAUAUAGUUUAAAAUAUUUUAAAACUUUGAUUAUAGGUUCAGAUUUUAAAAAUUUAAUAUCAGAUGUUGACAACUUUUUAAAUAAUGUAGCAUUUGUAUCCAAUGAAUUGGAUGUUUUAGACUAUUACCAUAUACUUUGCAAGAUAUCUUCAAUUAAACUCGUUCAGCAUAUAUUGUGCGAUUUAUCAUUAGAAGAUUUAUUAGAUUUUUCAAUUACACAAGAAUUAUUUCAUUUGAAUCCAAUUUGUUUUAGAAUUGCAUUAAAGAAUCACAUAGACAAGCUAGAUAAAAAUCAACUACAUUUAACAAUUUAUAAAACAAUUAUCGAGUUUGAAGAACGAAAAGUAAAAACACAGUUUUCAGGUGAUGAUGCAAAUAAUUUAAUCCACUUUAAAUCAAUUUGUCAUACACUUGUAGAUAUUUCAAUUAAUAGUUCAUAUUUAGAUAUUGGGGCCUCAGAACAACUUGAUAAUAAAUCGUUAGUAUGGAUUUUAUUUUUAACCAAAUCAAUAGAUCACAAACUUUCAAGAGUAUACGACCAUGAAUAUAAAUUAAAU